GACUGGCUCCGGUCCGGUGGUCAGAUGACAGCCCGGGGACGGCCCUCGCGAUUAAUCGGAGAGAGACGUGGUAUUUUGGACCCAUAGCUGCAACUCUGCACGUUGUAUUUGAUUUGAUGUUGGGAUUCUCUGAUUCCUGGCCUUUUUUUUUUUUUUUUCUUUUUUCUUUUGCUAUGAUGUCCUUUAGGACUUCAUUCUGCCCUUGCUAUAGAUAUGUUGCUACUCGCCCUAUUAAACAGGAUAUAUGUGACGGUGUAUUAAAACAAGGGAGCAGUAGAAUGAAGACGUCAAGAACAUGGAAGCAGAUGACAAUAGCUGCAGGUGUAGCACUAUAUUCUAGUUGCAUCUCAUCUUUACAAGUAUUUCCCAAUUCCAUGAAAUAGUCCUCUCAUACGAGCAUAUAGAGCAGAACUGUAGUUAAAGGAUUUGUAUUUAUUUGUAUUUAAAGUAUUCUUUCUGCUCUCAUUUUCUAACUUUUAAGUGGAAGCAUAGUAGUGACAUGAGCAUGUGCCAGAUUGAAGCAGAAUAUGCCUUUGUGAAAUUGUUUUGGUGUUUACUACAUUUGUAAAUAUUUUGUCAGAUUUGUUCAUGAAAUAUUGAAGAACUGGUGCUCUGUAGUUUAAUUUCUGAGAGAUUCACAGAACUGCCGCUAGCAUUUCAGGGGUUCUGUUUUGAGCAUCGAUUGUAGGUUGAGGACAAGUUGUUCCACUUCAGACAUGUCAUCAAAGCAAACUGGGGCAGUUUGUGUGGAGGAAGAAAAUGGAAUGAAAUUUUUUGGUUUUGGUGGCAAGACUUAGGCUUUCAAAGAGCUCAAACUAGUUUUCAAAUUUACGGUUUUAUCUGUUCUACCCUCAUUACUUAACUGAUUCCCUCAACACUCUUCCAGAGUAUAUGGGAAGUUAUGCACACCCAUUAUCUUCAUUUAUCUGCUCCAACUCAGCCAUUUAGGCAGAGGUACAGCAGGAGUCUUAACUUAACGUAUGGUCUUGUGUGGGUUUCAGCCUUCUGUCUCACACACAUGCUGCAACCACAGUUCCUUUUUUAUUUUUCUGAAUUCACAGAAUUAGCAUUUCUCUAAAGUUCAUCCUUUGCUCAUUUUGACCUUCAUGUUCUCUGACCAGCUUUUCCCCAGUUUUUGGCCACAUGGUUGUCCUGCGAAGGUGCUGUGAGUUCACUGGUUACUCUCCAGCUGUUUCAGUUGUCAUACUCUCGAACUUUCUGUGGUGAUGGCACUGUUACAUCGGUGUUCAUAUCACAGGAGUGUACAGUCUGUCAGCUCUGUCAUCUGACUGCCUUUUCACAUAGAAGUUUUCACUUGCAAGCCAGCAUCAUUAGUUAUAAGCUCUGGCUCUUCUUCUGAUACCAUGUUUUGCUUUUUAAAGCAUGAAUUUUCUCGGAAAAUCCGCGUUGGACCAUCAACGCAUCUACUCAGGUGUUUUUCCCUCUUAGUGUGUUCAUAUUUUUUAAAAAAAUGCAUUUAAUGUGGGAUAGAGAACAUAAAAGUUGCGAUUUGCUCUAUGGGGCUGGAUAUUGAUAUACAUAUCCCUGAAAUUUUCCUCAAGACCUUUGCUAUAAGAUACUAGCAAAAGUAUGUUAUCAAAAUACAACUCUUUUUACCCAUUCAGUCCUUUAAUAUACUCUAGUUAUCAAUCCAGUUACAGAGUCUUCUCAUUCUUUUUUCUGGGCAUAUUUGGUUUCUGUUCAUCCUCAGAAGUAAUUUUUUUGUGGCAAGUGGGUUUCAGUAGGAAAUCUGAGGGGGAUUGUGCAGGAUACAAACAUAAAUGUUGGCAGCCCGUGUUUACCAAGGGCAGCUGGAUAAAAUAGAUUAAUGAAAGUGAGAAAUGCUAUGGGAUAGAUACAACUCAGGAAGUUGUAUCUAGUAGUCCAAAGGCUCCUUCUCACUCCCUACUGAGAAAGUACAUCAGUGUCUCGCCCUUUUAGGACUGUACUGUAAUGUCAGGAUUGCCAUUUGAGCUCCAGUGACAGUGUAGGAUGUGUGAUGUGCCUUUGGGCUAGGAAAUCUUGGAAAUGACGCUUUCAGAAUUUCAGAUGACAUUUUCCAGGGGAAGAAGCUUUGCUGCCACUACCAGUCAGCAAUUCUGGUCCUUUUACUGCUCUAGCAGGCAGUGGGGGCUUGUUUGCCGCAAAGGUUUUGGUGGCUGUCAGAGUGCUGAGCCUCCUGGCCCGCUGAUGGGUGACACUGCCCAGUUGCUAACUGUGAUGGAUGUGGUUCCUGCUUUGAUUGGGUGACAUUUGGUCUAGUGGUGAGCAAUCCCAAAUGCCAUAGGUAAUGCUUGGAACAGAUGUCCAAAAUAUAUUAACUUGCAGCUUGCAUCAAAACAUGUAGCAGUUCUACAUGUAGUAGUGGGGGGUCUGGCAUUACUGACCCAUACAAGGCUCUUCUUUCUGUGCUGUCACAGUUACAUGGAAGAUCAUAAAGACCUGUCUCAGAUGUGCUAUGGAGCAUCUUUGGACUUAAUCUGCACACCUGUGCUGUUCCUCACCCCCUUGCCUUGGAGAAGGCUGCUGUUGAGCUGGAAGUGCUAAUUUUUCCUUGUAUUCAGUCCCUAGAGUGUGGGUUCAGCAGUGGGCUGUGUGUGCCUCAGUCCGGAUUGUGUCACCUGCUCUGCUUGCCACAGGCUUCACAGGAAGUAACAGAUGCGGGUGAAAGAUCCAUCAAGAACGAACUCCGAGAAGCCAAAGAGAAGCAAGAGGCCUAACAGGCCACAGGAUGAGGACUCUUCAGAUGAUAUUUCAGGCUUAACCUGCCAGCACGUGAGCCAAGCAGUGGAUGUGCAUCAUGUGAAGAGAGCAGUGGCUCAGAGCGUCUGGUCCAUAUGUGCAGAAUGUCUGAAGGAGAGGCGGAUGAGUGAUGGUGAACCCACAGCACCUUCAGACAUAUGGCUGUGUCUCAAGUGUGGCUUUCAGGGCUGUAGUAAGAAUUCGGAAGGCCAGCAUUCUCUGAAACACUUCCAAACAGCACGCGCAGAACCUCAUUGCAUCAUUAUCAACCUCAGCACAUGGAUCAUAUGGUGUUAUGAAUGUGAUGAAGAGCUGUCAACACAUUGCAACAAAAAGGUUCUGGCUCAGAUAGUUGACUUUCUUCAAAAACAUGGUGCCAGGGCUGAACCAAGUUCAUCAAAAAUCUUACGUCUUCGUGAAGAAAACAGUGAAACAAGUGAAAUACUAAAAGGAAAAAAUUCUGGCAAUGGUGCAUCAAUUCCAGUUAAAGGAAUAAAUAACUUAGGAAAUACUUGCUUUUUUAAUGCUGUCAUGCAGAACUUGGCACAGACUCAUGUACUAAAUGAACUGAUAUAUGAGAUGAAGGAGAAAGGAACAAAGUUAAAAAUCUGUCAUGCUUCAGACUCCCAAUUGGAUCCUUUGGUGGUAAACCUUUCCAGCCCAGGACCUUUGACUUCAGCGAUGUUCUUGUUCCUUCACAGUAUGAGGGAGGCUGGAAAAGGUCCUCUUUCUCCCAAAGUGCUGUUCAGCCAGCUUUGUCAAAAGUGCUAUUGGAUUUUUACUGGGCAGUCCAGAAAAUACUUUCUUCAUAUUUUAAAGCUGUGGGACUCCUUGUUGCACUCCAGGGUUGUACCUGCCCUUCAUGUAAUGGCUCCUCGAUUUAAGGGGUUCCAGCAGCAGGACAGCCAGGAGCUUCUGCACUAUCUGUUGGAUGCAAUCAGGAUUGAGGAGACAAAGCGUAUACAAACUGGUAUCUUAAAAGCAUUUAAUAACCCAACUACUAAGACGGCAGAUGAAGAAACUAGAAGAAAAGUCAAAGCAUAUGGAAGAGAGGGUGUGAAGAUGAACUUCAUAGAUAGGAUCUUUGUUGGUGAAUUGACUAGCACUGUCAUGUGUGAGGAAUGUGAAAAUAUUUCAACAGUAAAAGAACCUUUCAUUGAUCUUUCACUUCCUAUAAUAGAGGAGAGGGUUGCAAAACCCAUGCCUUUGGGAAGAACAGGUAAAGGUAAAAGUGUACAGGAGGCAGAUCUUGGUCAGUAUAACUGUUCUUCUAUCAGUACACUGAAUAAUCAGCCCAAAAUUGUCAAGAAACACACUUUAACAAAAGAUAAGAACCAAUUGAACCAUGAGAGACGGCUUGCCAGAAAAGCUUCCUUGAAGGAAGAAGAAAGAAGUCCUGUUAUCAUGCAGGAAAAAACCAAAAAGCUUGAGCUGGAAGGUAGCUCUGGCGUCCUGUACUCCAGAGACACAACUGCUGACUCAGCUGUCAAUGGCAGUCAGACAGAGGGCAGUGAGAAGGAAGCCAGCCGCUCUGAAAGCAGCUUUGAUGCCGACAGUGAAGCCUCAGAAAGCGAAAGUGCUUCUAAGCAAACAGCUUUGAGCCCAUCCAGCCACACAUCUGGUUUGCACGUCAACCACAUAAAUGUUAAAAUGCCGCACAAAAUGCCAAAUGGCAGUAAUGAAGAGGUGAUUUCCAGUGCCAUAUCCAAACUUGGCUUCUGUGAUCCAAUAAAUGAAGAUAAAAAAUCGAGCCGUGGAGAUCCAGCGUUAGGUGUAUCAAAUAAUUCUGUGUUCUCAGUAGAUAAAUCUUCACUGUCCCAAACCCCUCAAAAUGCUUUCCAGACGCUUUCCCAAAGCUACAUAACUAGCUCAAAGGAAUGUUCUGUUCAGUCCUGCCUUUACCAAUUCACCUCUGUAGAGCUCUUAAUGGGGAACAACAAGCUUUUAUGUGAGAACUGCACAGAAAGGAAACAGAAGUAUCAGAAGAAAACCAACUCCACAGAAAAGAAAAUGGAAGGUGUCUACACAAAUGCUCGGAAACAGCUUCUGAUUUCUUCAGUUCCUGCUAUUCUUAUUCUCCACCUGAAAAGAUUCCACCAGGCUGGUUUGAGUCUACGGAAAGUAAACAGGCAUGUGGAUUUCCCACUGAUUUUAGAUUUGGCACCAUUUUGUGCUGCAUCUUGCAAGAAUGUUACGGAUGGUGCAAGAGUGCUCUAUAGUCUUUAUGGAAUAGUGGAGCACAGCGGGUCAAUGAGAGGUGGUCACUACGCGGCGUACGUGAAAGUCAGGCCAUCCUCCAAGAAAUUACUAGAGCAUAUUUCUAGCACUAAAAAUGUUCUGGGUUUAAAAGAAGCCAUGGGAGCAUCAGGAGGACAGUGGGUGUACGUUAGUGAUGCCCACGUUCAGAUGGUUCCAGAAUCGAGAGUACUCAAUGCACAAGCAUAUCUACUUUUUUAUGAAAGAUUAUUACUAUAAUUCUUAACAAUUUAAUUUCAGAGAUCGUAGUGGGUACUUAGUUUAUCUUAUUUAAAGCUGCAGUGGUAAGAGUACCUGUAAAUAUUGUGCCUUUAUCUUGUAGAGAAUUUAUCAUCUGUUGGCUCUGAAGUUUAGUCAAGCUAUUAUAAAUAUCUGAAUGGUUCUCUUAAAGUAAGCACUUUGCCAAACAUUUAAAAUUCCUGAGUUCAUUAAAAUGCAGUACCAUUAGAAUGUAAGAUUAUGUCCUAUCCUACUGAGGUCUAGGGAAAGUUUGUUUUUGAUUAUGAAAAAGAUAAGCUUUCACCCAUAGUUCUGGAAUAGCUGAGAAUAGAAAUGCUGAUAGUGUUAAGUGCCUGGAUUUGCUGGUGUACAGUAACAAUACAAAGUAUUUCAGCUUUCUGUGAUCUAGUCCAGAUCCUUCCCAUCACUGGGUUGGAUGUCAGCUUGUUAAGUUUUCUGCAAACAAGAACCUGUCAAAUCAUGUCUCUUCCAUGUUUAGUAAUUGGAAAGCAGUGUCCUUCCAGAAUGGAGUAACAACAGCUGUCUGGGUAAUACUUCAGUGAACUUUCCUGAUAAGACCUGGGAAUAGAUUGGGAAAACGUGGCUUCUGCAAAGUGACAGUGGAUCCUCAGGUACCCAGUACCCUUUCAGCUGUCUCCAACUGGCACUGGUAUAGCAACAUACUCCUGUUUCAAUAUAAAUAUAUACUUGGUGUGUAUACGUAUAUCCUCUGAGAUAUAUACACACACCAAAAUCCAUCACUAUAUAUUCUCAUUCUACCUAGUAGGAAAGUGAUUUGCAAAUACUUCUGUAUUUAGUAAUUUUUCAACUUCAUAAUUAUGACAAUGUACAGCAUAUAAGCUUGUAUAUGUACAGAGUUUAAGCAUAACUCGGUAAAUUCUGUUACUUUUGGUUCCAAACAUUAAUUUGUUUAUCUGUUCCUGAAUACUUUUCUCACAGGAGGAAUAAACUAUAAAUUCUUUUUGCAUUGUGUCUGUGAGUUGGACAGUAAAUUAUGACUUUUGCUCUCUGGACUUCCUUUUGUCAGCUGUGGGGGACAGCAGGUGUCCUAGUGGCAACUGGUUUCUGUAGAGUGUUUUAUUGCCCUGGUUUGAGUUGUUACUUCUUUUGGUAAUUUCUCAUUUCCAUCCCAGUGAGUAAUAGAUGCAUUUUAAGGUAAAGAACUGAUAACUACUGCGAAGUUAUGUGGUAAUUAACUUAUUUAAUAAGCACUUACUUAAAUACAAAUUACUUCUGUAACAUUU